AUGUCGGCCAUACCCAGUGCUCGAGUCGUCGACCUGCGCUUCGAGCACUAUGCCUCUCCUCACCAACUCGGAACUCAUGUUCAGCGCCCGCGCUUGUCAUGGAAAUUUGCUGGUACUCCCGACGGUUUUGUCCAGCACGGCUACGAGCUCGAAGUCUACGACCAACCGCCGGCCGCCGGUGCACCGUGCAUUCACCGAGACGAGGUCAUCUCGGAACAAAGCACCCUCGUUCCGUGGCCAUUGUCGCAGCCACUCCAGUCGAGGCAGCGCGUCUUUGUGCGGGUGCGUGCGUGGGGUGACCAGGGAGGCCAGAGCCGGACGGCAUGGAGCAAUAUCGCGAGCAUUGAAGGUGGACUGUUGCAGCGGAAGCUGUGGACGGCGCACCGCAUUUCGUCGCCCUGGGAGUACCCGAAGGACAGCCCGCAGCCAGAGGAGCUCUUCAGAAAGGAGUUUCGAACAGACGCAGCAAAGUCGGUAGCAUCGGCCCGGCUCUACAUCACGGCUCAAGGGGUGUAUCAAGCGGAGAUCAACGCCACCACGGUCGGCGAUCAUGUCCUGGCCCCUGGAUGGACCGUCUACGACAGGCGGCUGAGGUACCAGUGUUUCGACGUUCUGGAGCACCUUCACAAAUCCCCAGGCACGAACGUGAUUGGGGUGAGAGUGGCCGAAGGCUGGUUUUGCGGACGGUUGGGAUGGGGCGGUGGGUUCCGCAAUCUUUGGGGCGAACGCCCUGCCCUCCUAGCCCAGCUCGAGAUUACCUAUGACGAUGGGACAACAGACACCAUCGGCACAGACUCGUCUUGGACCGCGUCCAGAGGCCCUACCGUCAGCGCGGAGCUCUACGACGGCGAGAAGUACGAUGCGCGGCUCGCGAUUCCGGGCUGGUCUGGUUCACCAGACGGCAAGGCAGUGGUGCUCCCUCAAGACAGCAGCAACUGGGAAAACGCUGCGGUCUGCAAGCCGUUUCCAGACAGUGUGCUUCUCAUUGCGGAGGAGGCCGAACCUGUACGUCGGAUAGCCACCGUCCGGCCGUUGGAGAGGAUAUUAACGUCCAGCGGGAAAACAGUCGUGGAUUUCGGGCAGAAUUUGGUCGGCUAUAUCAGGAUUAAAAAGGUUAGAGGGAGGGGUGGCCUGAAAAUCUCGUUCACACACGCCGAGGUGCUUGAAGACGGAGAACUUGGGCACAGACCCCUUCGCGUGGCCGCCAACUUGGACGAAUACACGCUUCGCGGGGAUGUCGACGGAGAGUCGUGGGAGCCAAAGUUCACAUUCCACGGAUUUCGUUAUGUCCAGGUCGACGGCUGGCCAGAACCUGUGGAAGACGACGGCAAUGACGGCUUGUUGUCGUCCAUCGAAGCCGUUGUUUGCCAUACAGACCUGAGACGCAUCGGCAAUUUUGGCUGCUCAGACCCUCUCCUUUCUCGACUUCACGAGAACGUCGUCUGGAGCAUGCGCGGAAACUUCCUCAGUAUUCCGACAGAUUGUCCGCAAAGAGACGAGCGGCUGGGCUGGACGGGAGAUCUAGCAAUGUUUGCGCCGACUGCAACGCUGCUGUACGAUUGUGUUGGUAUGCUGCUGGGCUGGCUGAAGGACGUGUUCGCGGAGCAAUGCAAGCACGGCGGCGUCCCGCCGCUUGUUGUGCCCAAUGCUGUGACCAAUGACCCGAUGUUCGGUCAUGUCCUGCCGGCCGCGGUCUGGGCAGAUGUGGCUGUUCUCGCGCCCUGGGCCCUGUAUCAGGCGACGGGUGAUGUUGAGAUUCUCCGUGAUCAGUACCAGAGCAUGGUGGAUUGGAUCGUAAGCAUUCCGAGGAACUCAAGUCGUAAUUGCCAUCUCUGGGACUUGUCACAUCCUCAACUCGGUGACUGGCUUGACCCCACGGCCCCCCCUGAUAACCCGGCCGCGGGCCAAACAGAUGCGGUCCUCGUCGCGGACGCGUUUCUAGUUCGGUCACUCGAGCUCGUUGCCGCGACUGCAGCGAUCCUAAACCACGAGGACGACGCUCUCAAAUACAAGGCCGAAGCGGCCGCAGCGAAAGCCGAGUUCGGUCUCGAGUACAUCUCACCCACGGGACGAAUGGUGUCCGAUUCCCAGACCGCCUACGGCCUCGCCAUCGUCUUCGACCUCUUCCCUUCCCCCGAGCAGAAGGCCCGAGCAUCGGAACGGCUAGCGUGGAUUGUCCGGCGCAACGCCUUCAAGAUCGGCACCGGGUUUGCAGGAACUCCCUUUAUCUGCGAGGCACUCGCCCUCGCGGGCCACCCACAGAUUGCGUACGCCAUGUUGCACAACAAGAGCUGCCCGUCGUGGCUGUAUCCCGUCACCAUGGGCGCCACGACCGUCUGGGAGCGGUGGGACAGCAUGUUGCCUGACGGGAGCAUCAACCCGGGCGAGAUGACCAGCUUCAACCACUACGCGCUGGGCGCCGUGGCAAAGUUUCUUCACGAACGUGUGGCUGGGUUGCAGUCGACUACGCCAGGGUGGAAGACGAUCAGGGUUGCGCCGGUGAUUGGAGGCGAGUUGACGGAGGCUCGCGUGGAGAUUGAGACGCCGUUUGGUAAAGCUGCGAGUGCAUGGUCGUUGGCAGGGACGGAAACCGGCAACGACGCAGCUACGAUGCUGCUCAUGGAAGUGGUCGUCCCGCCCAAUGUAUCUGCGGAGAUCGUCUUCCCAGAGGGCUCCGUGAAAGAGUCGACGGUGGUUGGGCCGGGCAAGCACACGUUCUCAAUGGCCUUCUCGAGGAGGAAGGAUUGGCCGGUAGAGGCUCUUCGACCAUUUUGAGACAGUCUGCUCGAGUCUACUGUAGAAUGCAUACAAUAGACCUGCAAUUCAGAGGCAUGUGAAGACGACGUCUCUGAUGUCAUUCGCAGUGAGUGACGUGUCAACUCAAUGAGUGUUAUUUACAAAAGUGUCUUG